GAUCACAGCAACAAAAAGGGAAAGUGAUUGGAGAAUAAAAAAGCAGGGAUGGUAUUUAUUCAGUGGCAGUUCAAUCCAGGUUACAGAGAGAGCAUCCUGGACAGAAGUGGAAUUUCUUAAAUCAGAGAGAAGCUUCCAAGGCGAGUUUCCCAAAGAAAAAUGGGCACCAAGGGCAAAGUUAUUAAAUGCAAAGCAGCCAUCGCCUGGGAAGCAAACAAGCCCCUUUGCAUAGAAGAGGUUGAGGUAGCUCCCCCCAAGGCACAUGAAGUUCGAAUUCAGAUAAUCGCCACUGCCUUGUGCCAUUCCGAUGCCCAUAUUCUCCAUCCUAAAUUUACGAAAGCUCUGUUCCCAGUGAUCCUUGGCCAUGAGGGAGCAGGAAUUGUGGAAAGUGUUGGGCCAGGAGUGACCAACUGCAAACCAGGUGACAAAGUGAUUCCUCUCUACAUGCCUCAAUGUAAAAAAUGCAAGUUCUGUUUGAGUCCACUCACAAAUUUCUGUGCAAAGCUCAGUCAAUUCAAAGAUCCUAUUAUUCAGCAAGAAGUAAUGGAAGACAAAACCAGCAGGUUUACUUGCAAAGGAAAACCAGUUUACCAUUUCUUAGGGACCAGUACCUUUUCUCAGUACACUGUCGUGUCAGAUACUAAUCUGGCCAAAAUAGAUGACGAUGCAAAUUUAGAGAGAGUCUGUCUGCUUGGAUGUGGGUUUUCAACUGGCUAUGGAGCUGCAAUCAACACUGCCAAGGUUACCCCAGGUUCUACUUGUGCCAUCUUUGGCCUGGGAGGUGUCGGCCUUUCUGCUUUAAUCGGUUGUAAAGUAGCAGGAGCUUCCAGAAUCAUAGCUGUUGAUAUCAACAGUGAGAAGUUUGCAAAGGCCAAAGCCCUUGGAGCCACUGACUGCCUCAAUCCUAGAGACCUACAGAAGCCCGUCCAGGAGGUCAUCAUUGAAAUGACCGGUGGGGGUGUGGAUUUUGCACUUGACUGUGCAGGUGGAUCUGAAGCCAUGAAAGCAGCCCUGGACUGCACAACAGUAGGUUGGGGAUCGUGUACGCUCAUUGGAGUAGCCAUUGGUGACAAAGGAUUGACUGUUUCUCCAAUAGAGAUACUAAUGGGCCGUACUAUCAAUGGAACAUUAUUUGGUGGUUGCAAAGGUAGAGAUUCAAUCCCAAAGCUGGUUACUGAUUACAAGAAUAAGAAAUUCAACCUGGAUGCACUGGUGACCCAUACCCUGCCUUUUGACAAAAUCAAUGAGGCAUUUGACCUAAUGCACCAAGGAAAAAGGUAAAUUACCAAACAGAUGGGUAAGUGGUUUGAAAAACCUCUAUGAUGACUCUAUUUUUAUUUGAUGUUUAAAUCUAAUCAGUUUCUUUCCUGACAUUUUUCACAUCAGCGGACAUACUAGAGGUGCUUAAAAGAUGAAAUAGUGGCCAUUUGGGGAGGGGGGGACCUCAACAUCACCUACCUUCCCACUCUGUUUCCAUAAUGUACACUGCCAUACACUGUUCCAACAUAGAGGGUGCCAUAAAUUAACAUACUUUCUUUCUACUUUCUUUCAGACAAUCAUUAACUUAGUUGGGGCUGCUCCCUACGAGAGAGGUUUCUAUCCUAGAACAUCAGGUCCCUCUGGUACAACAUAGCCCGGCUCUGGGAUCACUAUGUUUGACAGAGUGCAACCUGC